CUAGAUUCCAUACCCAAAUAUUACUGGUAAGAUUUAUUAAAUCAUGUAAGGUUUACCGGCGGAGAGGAUCACCGCUCUUCUACGUUUUGUAGUGAUGCAAGGUAGCUUUCCGAUGUACAUACUGCCAACGGUGUAUUACACACCCUGGCGAUGUAAUCUAUUAUUCUAAUUUCCACACUUUAGACCUAGGACAAUGCGUGUACACCUAGACACUGGAACAGUACUGCUCCCCGCCCAACCGCAGAAAGACAUGUCGAUUUACCGAGUCGCGGAUCGCCUCCUCACCGUGCGUGUAUCAUUACUCGCGGUUGCCAAAUGCGAUGAACUUAGAGCUGAAUGGUGAGACAGUUAAGGAGUCCAACUCCAUUGGUCUCGCAGCAGGCGACCUGGUUGUUGCAGUUGCCAAGGAGAGGGAGGCACAGGGCCGGCAGGAUGUUGAGGUUCAGGAUCCCGUUGGUGAGACCGGAGCAGCACUUCAUUUCCUGGUUAGAGCUGCACUGGGAACCGGAGUCACCAGAGUCGCCAGAGUCGCCACCAUCACAGCUGUCACAGGGAGCAGCGGUGACGGCAGUAGCGACAGCCAGAAGGGUGAUGACGGAGCGGAAUUGCAUUUUGGUAGAUGAGAACUUCAACGUGGAAGAGGACGAGAGGUGCAAUUGUUCUUUGAGAAAGAGGACGAAGCGGACAAGGGACCUUGUGUGUCUGAUGAAGAAAUGAACGGAUUAAAAGGGAUUGCAGGGCGUAUUUAUAGCUGAUCUGGGGUCAGUGGGAUGCUUGCGGUAUGGCAUUUGCGUUCUGCCUGACUUGAUACAUUUCGCCUGCUUAAACCAACAUAUUGCUAUUCCAGG